CAGGUACAGAAUGGGCAGAGGCUAUAUGAAGAUUUUCAGAGCUUUUUGUAGAUAAAGAAGAAAGGAAAUCAAUGGAGAAAGAGCAAACUAAGCAAAUGAAUAGAAACAAUGAGGACAUUUCAAAGAAGCUCCUUGACACAGGUCUGGACACUGGUUAUUGGAUUCCCCUAAUUACAGAAAAGAUUGGUCUUCAGAGUUCUCAAGUAUUACAAUAUUUUGAUUAUGAAGAUUAUACUGAACUAGAAGUCAAAAUCAAAUUUGCCUGGGAGAAAGGAGCUUUGCGGAGACUGUUUAACCUGCCAGACAGCAGCAAUGACUUGACUGAAACCCUACAAAUUCAUUCGAAAUCAAUGAAAGCAAGAAAUGAACAUGCUGCUGAAAUACUGAAGGAACUGAAACAGUUAAAUGAUGAAGGAAAGAGUAAAGAUGAUGAUGAAAUUAUCAGACAGACAGAGAAGACAUUGAGAAAAGCCAUGCAGAUCCCUAAUGAAUAUCAACCACCCCCUGACAAAAGAUUAGUUGAUUUAAUAGAUUACUUCCAGGGUCAAAUCAACAUAAUAGAGGAAUCAUUUUUACAAAGAGAAAAUCUGUCAGAUGAAGACAUCCUAAAACUGGCGUCUGGAGGAUUAGCUCUUGAGGGGAUCUAUAUAACUAAUAACAGGAAUGAUUUGCUUCAGAAACAUGAGAAAUUAAUUUGUGUUCCCCAUGGUUUCAAGAUUUUUGGACCAGAACAGGGAAAGUUUCUAUGGCAAAGGGAAUUUACAUCCAUUGAUAAAGAAAAGGAUUUUCAAAAGUCAGUUGAGAAACUUGGAUUAAGUCUUAGUUGUUGUAUCACAGGUGGCUUUUUGGAUCUUGGUAUUGAAAACCACCCAAACUGUAGUGAUUCUAAAACAGCAAGUGACACAUUUGAUGAGCAGACUUACAUUUCUGCAACUAAAUUUAACUGCAUUCCUCUAGCUUCCUGUUAUUUUACAAAGGACCAAAUCAGACUUUCUGAAGCUGCUUUACAAUGUUUAAAGGAAAUUGAGAAUAAAAUUGAAGAUCCUGACACAGAUAAAGAAACAAUAACAAAUCAAUGUCAAUAUUUUUAUAAACGAUUUGGGUCACAUGUCAACUUGGGCCCUAUACAUUUUGGAGGAAUUUUCUGGUGGAAAGCAUCAAGCAAGAGAUUGAAGGUUGACCAGUUGCAGGAAGCCAAGAAAAUAAUAUCUAAAGUGCUUAAUGGCUUUAUGGCAGCUACUUACUAUGGGUGGGGAGCAAACUUGGAUGCUAUAAACUCAAAACCCCCACUUUACCUUGAUAAUUCAAAUAUUUCAGAAAACAUUUCUGUUUUGGUGAUGAAAACUGGAGGUCCUCCAAUAAAAGAUUCUCCACAACAAUGGAAGGUAGGUCUUCUAAACAAUAGUAAAACAUGGAGUAUUAUUGACCGAGGUUUCCAGCUGAUGCCCAUAUGGGAAGUCAUUCUGUGUAAUCACAGAGAUGAAUUUAAUAAUAGUCUGAAGAUUGCAACAUGUCUUGCUAAUUCAUACAAACUGCUGACUAAUCUCCCCAUAGAAACAUUUUAUGGAAAAUAUCUAUGGUAUGACUUGGAUAAAAUAAAAAAUACCUUGCAGGGAAUGAAGUCAUUUAAAGUUGAAAAUGCUAAAGAACACUUGAUGGCUCUUCUUGACCAUAAACAUGCAAUAAACCAAGCAACAAAUAACUCCUAUUCUUGGGUAGACCUAUGCCUAGAUGAUAGAGACUUUCAGGACUUCCUGAUAAAAGUUGCUGAAAAAUACAAAUCUUCCCCUGAAAAUGAUAUGAUAAAAUUGCUACUUUGUGCAAUCCUUAAGCCUGAAAUUUAUUCAUCUAAAUAUUUUACAAAGAAGUCAUUUAUAUUAAAAUGGAUUCAUGAUUCAAAAGUAGAAGAAUAUCAAGAUAUUUCCAUUUCUGCAUUGACACAGUUUACUGACAAAGUGAACAAAUCAAAGGAAGAUAUUCGUAGGGUGCUCAGUCAUCAUCAUCCAAAUGCAGAAGAGACUCACAAGGCAAAAGUAACAGCAACAAUACAAAUUACUCGUGCAUUGUGUUCAUUGCUGAAAUCGAAGAGAAUCGUCAAUGAAUUUGAUGUAGAACUUCUAUUUCUUUGUACUGCUAACAAAUCAGGAUUUUGUCUACAGAAUUAUGCAUUUCAAAGCAUUUUGGGAUUAAAAGAUAUUGAACAUCUGAAUGACAGUAUUUAUAUAGCCUUUGAUCGUAAAUACACAAAACUAAGAAAGGAAAGUAAACAGAAAUCCCAGGCCUAUGUAUUGCUUGCUGGUUUGACCAUCGUAGGAAACAGUGAUCAGCCAUCAUCCAAAGACAAAUUACAACGUCUUAAUUUCAUGGUUAAUUUCCUGGGCAAUUCAAUUACUGUUACUGUAAAAAAAAUUCUGAAAAAAUAUUCUGACAAUUCAGAUUUCAUUAGUCUGGAAAAUGACCUUCAAGCAUUCAUUUCAUCACAAAGCAAAAUAAAUGAUGCAGAAUUAAAUGUAGUUACUCAGGAACUCGAACUUAUUAGUCAAAAUAUAAGAAAUCUUGAAACUAUUGCCUCAGAAAUUAAAGUCCAGAACACAAAUGUAGAUUUCCAGAAUUUACUUAAACAAAUUGAUCUUGAAAAUUACUAUUCAAAAAAACUGAAGAUUUCUGACUUCCAUAUCAUAUGUAACUUUGCUCAUAAGUCUCUGGCAUUCCAAUUUUUGCAAAAACUGCUAAGUUUUGAUUAUCGGGCAAGAUAUUUAAAACACAGUUAUGCCAAUAAAUCUGGUAAAUUCAGCACUGGGCUAUGCACCCAAGAGAAUGUAACAGAGAGACCCACCACUGAGAAUCUCACUGACUCAGGCAUGAAUAGUUUUGAUAGUUUUUUUACACUCACAGAAGUACAGUCUAACAAACUGAAUACAAAUACACAGUCUAUCCACCCCAUGGAUCUCCAGAUGGCAAUUUUACACUGUGCUGAUGAUUUAACCAGACAAUACAUCUACAAAAAACUUUCAUUUUGUCAAUUUGCCCUUCCCCUCUUGGUACCUGAUCCUAAUACUGGGAAUAUAGAAUUUCCACUCUGGGCAUUCUGUGAUGUACAAAAGAAAUGGAAGAACAAACCUCAAUGUGAAAGUAAGAUACCAAAAUCUAGCCAGAGAUAUGUAAACGAUGCUCAAUUUCCAAUUGUAGGUUUCUUACGGUUUGGUGACUCUUGCACCUCAAAAUCCCAACUUAUUAAUUCUUUGAUGAGUAAGCGAAAACAUGACAUAUUUUAUCAUCGACACUGUGAAGGCAGCACAAAAAAAUCAAUACUAAUGAAAGGUAUUGCAGAAAUUGCCUGGUAUUGUCCGGGGGGUAGGGAUGAUGACUUGUUUGAUGACUGCAUCGCUUUUACAAAUCUCCAUGGGGAUCUACGAGAGCAUGAUAAGCAAGUCAACUUCUUACUGGACAUGGCCUCAGUCACUGUUAUACUUUUAACAGAGGCUGACUUGAAAGAUACAAAGAGCAGAGAAUUUCUACUAAAGUUCUAUCAAUGUCCUAAAUCUUUAAUAUUUUUGUUUACUGACAAAGAACAUAUCUUGCCAGGUGCUGGUAAUAAAGUGAAAAUUGGCACAAAGAAUAAAAAUGAGGCAGAAUUACUUCUAGAACUAAAAACAAUAAUUACAAGCAUGAUAGGGAAUACAGAGAGGCCUUGUUCUCUUGAUGACUGUGUAGGCCUUGCACAAGAAUAUGGUAUCACUGUUGAUGUAGAAAGCCAUUUAUGUAAAUCUACAAAGGAACAAGCUCAGACUCUAAUGUCUUUGCUACAAGAAAAAAAAGCUGUAGAAAUUAAGAAGGAGUUUCUUCCAUUACAAGGGGAUCUGUGGCACAAAUGGUGUCAGAAAGACAAAGAACUCAAUCGUCUCAAGGGAAACAGCAAUCAAAGCAUUGAGCAACAACGCAGUAACAUUGAGUCAGAGAAGAGUCAACUCAGACAGAAUCAGCUAGACAGAGCCUUUCCACUCAAUGUAUUUAUGAUGUGUUUUUUAAAAAUAUUACAGUCACACUCAGAUUUCUCAAAAAUGUACUUUCUGCAGUGGCUUAAAAUACAUUUAGACAAAUUAACUGUGGAAGUUCUCCCACAACUAAACCAAAGAUUUCAUGCCUUGUGGUCAUAUAUUCAAUGGCCAAAUGAAGAAGAGAAAGAUAAAAAAUCUGUAGAAGUUAUGCAAAAGGAAUUAAACUGUCUAUCAGAUGAGAUUAAUGAUUCAAUGUUUGGACUUGAACACAUCCUUAGGGAAGUGGGACAGAUCUAUGAGGCUUUAGUAACAUAUUCUAAAGAUGAUAAUGGUUUUGAUUUGUUACCUGAAAUUGGUGCCAAUCUCAUGGUCUCUGGGUACCCAAUAGAACUAAUGGAUGGGGAUUCUGCACAUGUGCCUCUGAGAUGGAUAGGAGCUGUUUUAGAUAAACUGGUAGAAAUACUUGGAGAUAAGAAACUUUUUGUUCUCUCUGUUCUUGGAAUACAAAGUUCUGGGAAAUCGACUCUGCUUAAUGCCAUGUUUGGCCUGGAAUUUGCAGUAAGUGCAGGCAGAUGUACUCGGGGGGCAUUCAUGCAGCUUGUGAAGGUUGAUGAGCUACUAAAAAAAGAGACAAACUUUGACUUUGUGCUUAUAAUAGAUACUGAAGGUUUAAGAGCCUUGGAACUGUCCAAUGAAAUAACUUUAAACCAUGACAAUGAACUGGCUACUUUUGUAAUUGGCCUGGGCAACAUCACACUGAUUAACAUUUAUGGGGAAAAUCCAUCGGAAAUGCAAGACAUUCUACAGAUAGCUGUUCAGGCAUUCCUGAGAAUGAAAAUAGUAAAUCUCAAACCAGGAUGCCUAUUUGUUCAUCAGAAUGUUGGGGAAAUCACAGCAGCUGAGAAAAAUAUGAAGGGACAAAGACGACUUCAGGAAAACCUGGAUGAAAUGACAAGAAUUGCAGCAGAACAAGAACAUUCAGACAUUACUUGCUUUAAUGAUGUGAUCAAAUUUAAUGUAAACACUCAUAUUCACUACUUUGCUCAUCUCUGGGAAGGUGACCCUCCAAUGGCUCCCCCCAAUCCAAGCUACAGUCAGAAUGUGCAGUCUCUAAAAAAAAUUAUACUGGAUACUGGAAAGUCACAAGGCCAUAUUUUAACUAUUUCAGAUUUUAAGACAAGUGUAACUGACUUGUGGAAUGCUCUGCUGAAUGAGAAUUUUGUUUUCAGCUUCAAGAACUCUCUUGAGAUUGCAGCCUACAACAAGCUAGAAAUGAGAUACAACAAGUGGACAUGGGACAUGAGAGAACAUGUGCUCAAUCUGCAGAACAAACUCAAAAACCAAAUUCUUAACAGUGAAAUAUACAACAUAGACAAAGUUUUUCUUCAUGGGAAACUUGAAGAGAAAUAUUCCCAAGUUAUCGAGGACCUGAAUGUUUUUUUCAGUGAUGAGAAAGAUGGUAAUAUAUUGAUCCAGUGGAGAGCAAAAACUGACAUCAGGCUGGAAGGUGUUAAAAAUGAUCUUGUUGAUGAGGUAAAGAAAAAUCUGGAUGAGCAGAUACACAUAAAAAAUAGUAGAAAAGAAACUGACCAAAUGAAAGAACAAUAUGAAAUUCAGCUAUUAAAUAAAAGCAAAGAUUUGGCUUUAUGUCUGAAGGAGCAAGUCUCAAAUGAAGUUGAGGUAGAAGCAAGUUUUAAUAAAUUGUGGAGUGACUGGAUUGAAAAACUGAAGGAAUCCAGGCCCAAACUGGAACUACCUGAGAUCAAUAGGGAUAUGGACAAUAUCCUGCUAGAGUAUUUUAAAAAAGAGACAGAUCUGAUCAACAAGAUGAGGAGUUCUUCUGAAUGGACUGAUUUCUAUGUAGGGUUUUCCAAAUAUAUUCAGACAAAAGCAAAGUGGUAUGAAAUAGGUUCUGAAAAAUGCAACAAAACCGUAAAAAUGGAAAUAAAACAUGAAACAGAAAAACUAAGAUACAUAAUUAAUAGUUAUAUUGAUAAGAAGGAGAGGGAUAAUAUGGACUAUCAGCGCAGUUACUUUCAUGAAAUUCUGCACAUCAUAGAGAAAGAACUGAGCACCGGGCUAAACCCAAUGUUCAAGUUCAGGAAGGAAUUCAAGUUGUUUGUUUCCCUUUAUUUCUUAAAAAAAGCAGCAGAGAGAUUUACCCACAUGUCUAUUGAAUUCAGAAUACUAAAUGACCCAGUUAACCAUUUUGAAAUAAAAAAGAGUACUUUCUUAAAAAUCUUUAAAAAUUCCUUUGCAGAAAAGGCAUCGAUUGCCUCACUGGCUGAAAUCUUAAGUGAUAAACUGACUGAUUCUAUAAAAGAACAAGUAUUUGCCCAGGCAGCUAUUGACUUAGCCAGUGAAAUGAAAUCCAACCACCCGGCUCUUAAUGGGAACAGAUCUAAAUUAGAGCUUCACCUCUUGAAAUCUCUGGCUGAAAAGGAAGAUUUCCAAACAUACAUUCAGUAUAUUGAUCAUCCCAACAUGGCUUUUACUGAGUAUUUGCAGGAAUGUGUUACUGAAUAUGGUAAAAGUGAUAAAUCAAAGGUUUUUAACAUUUUAAUAAGUAACCUUGAUAAAUACAAAAGCAUUUUACUAGAAACAAUUAAGAAAUCCAAUAUUGCUGUUGAGGAAUCCGCUCAUUCUUUUGAGGAAUGUAUAAAUUCUGUUGAGGAAUCCAGUGACACUAAUAUUGAUUCAUGGGUCGGUACAUUCUGUCAAGAGCUCGAAGGAAACCUUAAUAUUUCACAAAAUGACUUUAAAAGUCUUCAGUACCAGAACAUAACAGAUGUAGAUUUCCUACAAAAAGCAGUUACUAUGGCCCUAGAAAGUGGAACGGAAAACCUAAAAGAAGAAUUUGCUGAUUUCUGCAUGACAAACUUCAGGACACAGCCCCAUGAAAUAUUAUUUGAGCAGUUUAAUGCAUGUUGGCAUCAGUGCCCUUUUUGUAAAGCUGUUUGUACUAACACUAUAGCUGGGCAUGAUGGAGACCACAGUGUCCCAUUUCACCGCCCUCAGGCAUUAGCAUGGUGGCACUCUCGUGGUACAGAUCAGUUUGUAACAGACUUCUGCACCACUAAGGUUGCAAGUGAUAAGAAAUUUUACCGGGAAACCACCUCUAAUGACCACUUUCCAUUCAACAAUUACAGAUCAGCAGGACCCCCAUAUUCUGAUUGGUCUAUUACACCAGAUAACUCAGAGCAAUGUUACUGGAAAUGGUUUGUGUGUCGAUUCAAGAAAGAUCUAGAAACUCAUUACAAAUAUAAGUUUUAUGACAGCGGGGCCAUCCCUAAACAAUGGAAUAACUAUAGCAAGGAUGAUGCCAUUGCUGAACUGAAAAUCUAAUUCAAUAUUUAAAGGAGAUGCGUCAUUGCACUUUUUGUCUUUUAAAAUGAUAAUGUAAUACAUCUUUAAGGGAUUGUAUACCUUUAAAUUAACUUUAAUAGUUGCAUUUGUAGGGAAUUUUAUGUGUAUUUUUGCUUUGACUUUUUUUCAAUUAUUUUCCUUUUUUUUUUUACCAUUUUUCGAAAACUGAAGACUGAAUUUUGUCUUGCCGUCUCUCGUGUAUUAGUCUUGCAGUUUAGCGAUCCAGGAGCAGAAUCUGAACUAUUACAAUUUGCUACAUUAAGGGGCAGAUUUAUCAAGAGUCAAAUUGAAAAUUAUC